GUUUUAAGUUCCGUACUUGCAGCAGUUCCCCAAACGGAACGUCAGACUGUGACUUUGGGUCACACGAAAAGAAUUGUUAAAAGUUAAUACAUUUUCCUUUAACCUUCGCCCAAUCAAUAUUAUGAAGAGAAAACAAACAACGAGGCGUGCGUUGGGCUAAAGGCAAGAAAUUGCCUCUUCGUCAUUUAAAUAGCUGUGGAUUAUAUAUUUUUAACGCGAAGUAAAAGGGUAUCGCCGACUGGUUGGUCUUGCAAGUCGAUAGGUCGGUAAGUUAGUCGGUCGUUUAACGUUUGCCGUUUGACGUACUUGAUGGAUUGCUGAGUCCAAUUAGAAUUGGGAACAACUCCUUUAAAACAGGCAGCAACCAAGCGUCUAAAGUCUCCACAACAACGGUGAUGUCUCUCAAAAGUGACCAGGAGAUAUUGGAAAAUUCAAUGCACGAAGAUGACCCGAAUGGCAAUUCGGCAUUGGAACAGACAUUUACGGAAAAGGUAUCGCCACGAUGGGGUCCCCAACACAAAGGUGCGCAAGAGUUGGCCCAGCUAUAUAGUCCAGGAAAACGUGCUCAGGAAUUUAUUUGCGUCUAUACCUGCAUCGCUUUAAUGAUUAUCGACUUCAUCUUGAUAUUGAAGCAUUUUCAUUUCGAUCGAAUUAUCGUAACGUGUAUUUCGGCUAUUUGCGGCAUAAUCACAGCAGAUUUCGGAUCUGGUCUGGUCCAUUGGGCGGCAGAUACAUGGGGUUCCGUAGAAUUGCCCAUCAUAGGAAAGAACUUUCUACGUCCCUUUCGCGAACAUCACUUGGAUCCGACAUCGAUCACCCGACAUGAUUUUAUUGAAACAAAUGGUGAUAAUUUUAUGGUUAGCAUUCCGAUAUUGGGAUUUUUGGCUUAUUGCUUCAACACAAAGUCCCACAGCGACAUCCAGCAGGAUUUUGGUUGGAUAUCCUAUUUAUUUUUAUGUUCAAUUUUUGUGGCCAUGACCAAUCAGAUACACAAAUGGUCGCACACCUACUGGGGACUGCCGAAAUGGGUGUUGUUUCUGCAGAACUACCAUAUCGUAUUGCCUCGCAAGCACCAUCGCAUCCAUCAUGUAGCUCCACAUGAAACGUAUUUCUGCAUAACAACCGGCUGGCUGAAUUGGCCAUUGGAGAAACUGAGGUUUUGGUCGACAUUAGAGUGCCUUAUAGAACUUAUGACAGGUCUAAAACCACGCGAUGAUGAUUUGAAAUGGGCUAAAAAGGUUACAUAGCUAUUUCAAUGUGCAACGAAUUGGACCAAUCGCAAUUAAACGCAAGGUUUACAUUAACAAUGUCUAUUCUUAUAACAACUACAAAAAUUAUUUACUAACAAAAUAUUGGAAAAAAAGUAAACUACAUACAAAUAACUAAUUUACUUUGCUGAAUGUACAAAGAAAACAACAACAAUUUACAAUUUUGCUAAGCAUUAAAAAAAAAACAAAAACGAACCAAUACUCAAUUUGAGAUUGUAACAGAGUAUAUAAAUAUAGUUUAAUUUCAUAUAUAUUAACUAUUCUUACUUUUUUAACAAUUUUCUAUUAAGAAAAUACAGCACUAAGAAUAUAUUUUUUUCUCAGUAUUCGAAAUAUUUUUAUUAUUUAACGAGUAUCUUAUAAGCGGGCAUACAAAAGCAAUUACUAUAUAGAUAUUCAUCACAUUGAAAUAUUUUAUGUUUGUAUGUUCGUAUAACGUGUUGUGAGAUUUCAGUUUAAAAACAUUUAUUUAACUAAUGCACCGACUGACUGAUUCGGUAAAUUAAGGGCUUUUUAGGAAUCAUCCAAGAAUUCACAAAAUAUAUAAUAUGUAGGGCACACACACACACAGUCGUCAAUUGGGUAGAUAUAAAAUGAAGAACAUCAAAUAUACCAAGAAUUAUUUACAGUGGAAAAAAUUAUUUACUUAUCUAGCUUGUAAUGCGGUCGAGAUGAUACCGAAUCUUUUUACCUUGGGAGCAAUACAUCCCAGAAUAACUAUUUUGGUUUGCUCCAGGAUCGAAAAAAACAGGCUAUGUGUCUAUUCGAGUUGUCAGUACGUCAUUCAGCAAAGAUUUGUCUCGAUAUGAAGAUGAUGACGAAUGCAAGGAAGUGGAUAUGUUUUGUUUUUGUUUUAUUGGGUUUCAAGACCAUAAAGAAGAAAAUCAUCAUGUAACCUAAGGCUGUAACGUAGUUCCCAGUAGGGUUUGUCCUCUUCGUCGGUAUCAUUGUCUUCAUCAAUAUCAACUGCAACACCUCGCACUACCUAUUGUGUUCCAUUUAUGCUUCGUUAAAGAAGAUGAGAUGUUGGUUUUGUGAUUCAGAGCAGUCUAUCGUUUUGCAGGCAUUGUUAUUGUUACGAUAUAUUCAGAAAGAUUCUGGUGGUCAAACUCUACGGAUCUUAGAGCCAGGAGCGCAAAAGUUUUAUAUUGAGCAUAGGAAGGGCAAGAUGAUAAACAGGAUUAUAUUCUUAUUGUCCAUCCCGAACCAUCGCAGAAGAUAGAGUUCCUGUGAGGGACAGGGAUAUUUCAGAGUCGUGUUACAUAUUUUUAUGUCUAAGAUUAAUCGUUCAGCGCCUGUGUGAAAUUGGAAUACUUAGUUUGUUAGAUCAGAAAACAAUUAAUUUCGAUAUCGAAUUGAAUUUGUCCCACAAUCUUGUCGGCGAAUUUAAAGGCAUUAAAAAAUCCUCUUUUUCAACAAACAUUUCAGAUACAGUAGUCAAGGUCUUAAACAAAUAGAGUGUGAAUAUCGUUCCCAGAUUUUACCAACUAUCAAUCAAAUAGACUUUUAAACAUGCAACAGUUAUUUUACAUUUUAUUUCACAAAAUUGUAUUUUUGGGAAAAAAAAACAGGCUAUGUGUCUAUUCGAGUUGUCAGUACGUCAUUCAGCAAAGAUUUGUCUCGAUAUGAAGAUGAUGACGAAUGCAAGGAAGUGGAUAUGUUUUGUUUUUGUUUUAUUGGGUUUCAAGACCAUAAAGAAGAAAAUCAUCAUGUAACCUAAGGCUGUAACGUAGUUCCCAGUAGGGUUUGUCCUCUUCGUCGGUAUCAUUGUCUUCAUCAAUAUCAACUGCAACACCUCGCACUACCUAUUGUGUUCCAUUUAUGCUUCGUUAAAGAAGAUGAGAUGUUGGUUUUGUGAUUCAGAGCAGUCUAUCGUUUUGCAGGCAUUGUUAUUGUUACGAUAUAUUGAGAAAGAUUCUGGUGGCCAAACUCUACGGAUCUUAGAGCCAGGAGCGCAAAAGUUUUAUGUUGAGCAUAGGAAGGGCAAGAUGAUAAACAGGAUUAUAUUCUUAUUGUCCUUUCCGAACCAUCGCAGAAGAUAGAGUUCCUGUGAGGGACAGGGAUAUUUCAGAGUCGUGUUACACAUUUUUAUGUCUAAGAUUAAUCGUUCAGCGCCUGUGUGAAAUUGGAAUACUUAGUUUGUUAGAUCAGAAAACAAUUAAUUUCGAUAUCGAAUUGAAUUUGUCCCACAAGCUUGUCGGCGAAUUUAAAGGCAUUAAAAAAUCCUCUUUUUCAACAAACAUUUCAGAUACAGUAGUCAAGGUCUUAAACAAAUAGAGUGUGAAUAUCGUUCCCAGAUUUUACCAACUAUCAAUCAAAUAGACUUUUAAACAUGCAACAGUUAUUUUACAUUUUAUUUCACAAAAUUGUAUUUUUGGGGAAAAUCCUCGAAACAUAAAUAGAAUAUUGGAUUUUUUCCACAAAAUGGAAUCCAAGAUAUGGGGACAAUAUUAUUUCACCCCCAAAAUUAUGCAUUUUAUGCAUUUAGAGGAUAGCUUUGUUCUACCUCCUGUAAUAUGCCAUGGGUUCAACUAAAAAAGCCAUACGUCUAGAUUCGUACACAAAAAUGCAUCAACAGCCAACUUAGUUUUCAGAUGGGCUUACUGACCAAUCUUAUAUUAACCAUGCUAAGAUUAUUAACCCGUUUUGCCAUGGGAUUGAAAUAUUACAGUUUGAAUCAUGAUUU